AUGACUUUGAAAAUUGACACUGAGGAUGCAACUCCUGGAGGACAGACUUCAAAAUAUAUUGAUGCUUCAUUGAAAAUGACCACUGUUGACGGAACUUCAAAAGUGCAGACAUAUAUAUAUAUAGACACACCAUUGAAACUGACUACUGAGAACGCAACUACAAAAGGACAGACUUCCAAUCGUAUAGAUACUACAUUGAAAAUGACCACUGGUGACAUUUCAACACUAGCAGUAGAGUGUGAAAUUGGAUGGUUGAUGUUAGGUACAGGAUGUUAUCAGUUUACACUAGGGGGCACACGACAAAUGUGGCUAGAUGCUAAGGAUAUUUGCUCCUUAAAUGGAGGUUACCUUGCAAUCAUUGAAACUGCUGAAGAAAAUGUUCUCAUCAAGACUCACAUAGCUACUAAAGGACCAACAAAUGACUACUUCAUCGGAGGUUCUGACUUAGUUACAGAAGGAAAAUUUAUUUGGGAACAUACGGGUCUUCCUGUCAACUUGCCCGGAAGUAAUCUUUUCCAUGACUGGAGAACGAAUCAGCCUGACAACAAAAACGGAAACCAACAUUGUAUAAUGCUUGGAUAUCAAGUUAGUUUUAAUUGGAAUGAUGCUCAGUGUGCUUAUCCUAGAGAUUUUAUUUGUGAAAAGUCUCCAGUAUACGAGUAG